UGCUUCCAAACCCAUCCCAAGAUGGCGGAGAUCCCCCUGUACUUUGUGGACUUGCAGGAGGACUUAGACGACUGUAAAUACUUAUGUGGGAAUUACUGGGUCAUUGAUGGAUUUGAAGAUUAUGGUCCAGAUUGUGACAGCAUGAGGCUAACAGCCUUCUUGGAUGUCCCAAGCCAGGAUGACCUGCCCCCACUCACACGCCUGGAAAAGUACGCUUUUAGUGAAAACAUCUUCAACCGUCAGAUUAUUGCCAGAGGGCUGCUUGAUAUCUUCCGGGACUUCAGUAACAAUGAAGAAGACUUCUUAACAAUAAUGGAGAUUGCAGUCAGAUUGUCAGAAGAUGCAGAGCCCACAGUGAGGACUGAGCUGUUGGAACAGAUUCCUCCCAUUGCCAUUUUUUUACGAGAAAACAGACAAGAUUUUCCAGUGGUGUUUUCUGAAUAUCUCAUGCCUGUGGUAGUGAGGGACCUUGCAGACCCAGACAAUCAGGUUAGAAAAUCCAGUCAGGAAGUGCUGUUGAUUCUUCUGGAACAAGAUCUAAUUUUCCAGAGUGAUAUUGAAAACAAAGUAUGUUCGAUUCUGCUGGAACUGUCCGCCCCCGAGAGAGACGAUAAAUACAGAGCAGAAGCCAUGAGUAUCAUCUGCAAAGUGGCUUCAAUGCUGAGUAAGAGCACAGUUGAACGCCUGCUACUCCCUCGGUUCUGUGAACUGUGUGGUGACAGGAAGCUCUUUCAAGUUCGGAAGGUGUGUGCUACAAAUUUUGGUGAUGUUUGUCAUGCUGUUGGACAAGAAGCCACUGAGAAAUUUUUGCUCCUCAGGUUUUUCGAGCUCUGCUCAGAUAGUGUAUGGGGUAUGCGAAAAGCCUGUGCGGAAUGCUUCAUGGCUGUGUCCCACAACACCUCCCCAGAGGUCCGCAGAUCCCAGCUUUCGCCUCUCUUCAUCAGGCUCCUCAGUGACCCCUGUCGUUGGGUGCGCCAGGCUGCCUUCCAGUCCCUUGGGCCCUUCAUUUCCACCUUUGCAAACCCCUCCAGGGCUGGCCUGUACACCCGAGAGGACGGCACCCUGAGCAUGCAGCCACCAAGCCGGGAUCUGGGGGCUGACUUUCCCUCUGCCUCCCCUAACCCCGGCGCUUGUAGCAGCACCUCCCCCACCAGUUCAGCAAGUCCUGUGCAGAGAGAGCCAGAUCCACGUGUAGAAGGGACACAAGCAGACAUCAAUAUUUUCCUACGUGAUGAUAGAUCUUCCAAUGGCCUAACAGAAAACCCAAAGGAAGGUCCUGCUUUGGCUGGAGCUGAGCUGACUAGGCUUUCCCCAGAGGCCAGUGCCAUCUCCAAACUCCGUCCUACUGACGACUUCCUUGUCCGCGGCCAUCUAGAUAAGUCAGAUAAUGUAUUCAGUACUGUCCUGUAUUGGCGAACUCCUCUCCCUGACAUCAGCAAGGACAUGGAGCUGUUUCUGAGUGAGGCUGGGACUCAGGAAGUGGGUCCCGAGAGUGUGUACAACAGCAGCUGUGUGGCCAGGAGUGAGAUUCAGAAGGUCCUCAAGAGUUUACAGGCACAUACGAUGUGUGAUCCAGAUGUUCAAGUUCAAGUUCAGGUAUUAUCUGCUGCACUGAGGGCUGCACAGCUGGACUCCACAAAUGAACCUGAGAGCAGGCCACCAGAAGGUCUAAAUGAAGUGUCGCCUUCAGAUCCCAGCUCUGCCCCUGACAAUCAGAUCCCUCCGUCAGCUUCAUCAUCUCAGAAUGAGCUCUCUGUGGCCAGGAUAUUACAAAGCACAGAUCCUGGUGAUGCCCAUUGUGGAACCAGUGACCACUGGGAGACUCAGCAGAAGCUUGAACCCGCCACACUUGAGGAGAAUAAAUCUAAGUUACAGGAUGUAAUUCCUCAGUCAUUGCUAGAUGAGUUCGUAUCGAUGACGGACCCUGCUCGAGCCCAGACCGUGGACACUGACAUAGCCAAACAGUGCGCCUACAGCCUCCCUGGAGUGGCACUGGCCCUGGGGAGGCAGAACUGGCACUGUCUGAAAGGCACCUACGAAACGCUGGCUUCUGAUGUUCAGUGGAAGGUCCGGCGGACCCUCGCCUCCUCUAUUCAUGAGCUGGCUGUGAUUCUUGGUGAUCAGUUGACAGCAGCUGACCUGGUGCCCAUCUUCAAUGGAUUUUUAAAGGACCUGGAUGAAGUACGCAUAGGAGUUCUUAAACAUCUGUAUGAUUUCCUAAAGUUGCUCCAUGAAGACAAGAGGAGAGAAUAUCUUUAUCAGCUUCAAGAAUUUGUAGUGACCGAUAACAACAGGAAUUGGAGGUUUCGAUACGAACUGGCAGAACAGCUGAUCCUCAUUUUGGAACUCUAUAACCCAAAUGAUGUUUAUGAUUAUUUAAUGCAUAUUGCCUUGAGAUUAUGUGCAGAUAAAGUUUCUGAAGUUCGGUGGAUCUCCUUCAGACUAGUUGUGGCAAUUCUGCACAAGUUCUAUUCAAACAGUGAAAGUGCAUUGGGGUUGAACUUCAUCAAUGAACUCAUCAUAAGGUUCCGGCACUGUCCAAAGUGGGUUGGAAGGCAAGCUUUCGCUUUCAUUUGUCAGGCCGUGGUGAGCGAGCAGUGUGUCCCGGUGGACCAGUUUGUUAAGCACCUGCUUCCCAGCCUCUUGAGCCUCAAGUCGGAUCCUGUGCCCAACGUGAGGGUUCUGCUGGCCAAGGCCCUGCAGCAGACCUUGAUGGCAAAGGCAUAUUUUAGAAAUGCCGGUAACCCUCAUCUUAAAGUCAUUGAAGAGACUGUCUUGGCUUUGCAGUCUGAUCGGGACCAAGAUGUUUCCUUUUUUGCCACCCUCCAACCAAAGCGGCAGAAUGUUACUGACACAGAUGUACUGGAAAAGCAAAGUUAACUCCUCAGUAGUGAAUUGCUGCCUGGUGGUUUCAUGCUUGGGGCAUAUGGUUUGGAGCUUGCAGGGGAACUGACUAUUGCACCCAUUGAGGGAGAAGAGCUGUGUGAACUGCUCAGACCUUGCCGACCCCUUCCUGUUUGCAGCCAAGGAGCUGAGCCCCAGCAGGGGACUGACUUCCGGUGGCCAGGCUGGUGCUGUGCUGCCCACCCCUCCGGGCUGGAGUGGGGGCCAUUGUAGAGAUUGUGAGCCCGGUUGCUGGUGGGCAUCUGGCCUCUUCACGCCAUCAGACCACCUGCCAGCGAUGUUCUCUCUGACAGAUUGUUAUUGUCCCUUUGCCCAAAUCAAGUGGUUCAUUAGGAGCACUUUAGUCUUUAAUGGACUUGCAUAUUUACUUUCCUUAUGCUUUCCUAUAAAAUAGUUUAUGAUGUUAUAUUUUAUUUUUAACUGAAAUACUGUAUAUGUGUAAAUAACUGGACAGGAAGAAAAUAAUAUAAUAUUAGCCUCCUAUCAGUGAGCUGAACAAAUACGUCAUGUAAAUUUAUGCUCCACUUUGAGUCGCUGCAAAUAUAACCCAGCUCGUUUAUUUUUAAACAGUGAUAAAUCUGAAGAGUGAUUUAUGGCUUUCUAAUACUGUACUUUGAACGAUUCCUCACAAACUCACCCUCCCUCCUUUCAGGAAGUCUCCAUGGAGAUGUGGAUUGACCUUGAGAGAGGCAACACACUGAAAUAUUUUUCAUUUUUCUGUGGAUAUAUUGCCCUGUGUUUACGAACUCAGGAGGGAAAGUAAUCAUUGAGAUGCGUGGGUAUUGACUUUCUGUCUAAUGCUUUAAGAUCUUAACAAAAAAAUAAGAAACUGUAGUUCUGAUCAGAACUUGCUCAACAAUCCCAGCGAGGCAGGGGAGGGGGUAAAUCGUGCUCCUCCUCAGGCUGACUCAGGCACACAGACAGAUUUCCUGAUUAAGAUUUACACUAAGAGAAAGAUGUUCUGGAAUUUAAACUGGUUAUUCAUUAGCUAAUAAUUCAGGGCCCCAUAACACUUGACUCAAUUCUGUGCACAGGUGCUGCUGUUUUGUUUUGUUUUGUUUUUCUUGUUUCUACUUUUAUCUUUUCAAAGGUAGGCAGGGUCAGGAACUGGCUGUGGAGGGUAUGUGGGCCAUUUCUGGGUCCCCCUUUGAUCAUUUUCUUGUCUUUUUUAAAAUAAAAUUUCUGAAACUGUUGAAUUUUCUGGUAUACAGGAUAUCCCUUCUUCAACCCCCAAAUUUCAUUGAACGGAUUAUUUCAAAAAGAAAGGAAGUUAUCCAUACUGUGCCAAAGAAGAUAAGGGGUGUGUGUGUGUGU